AUGGCAGCAGCACUUCGGGCUGACAAAUCUGGAUUCGCUCGGGAAGUACAGCAGAAACUCGAGGAGAAGUUUGACGGAGUUGAGGCGGCGAAAGUGCUUCGGUGGAUCUGUCUUCUGACACCACCCCCAGAUUGCCCAAGUCACUUCAUAGAAGCGAGAAACAAAAUUCCUGCAACCGUAGAGAAGACUAACAUGCAAGAAUUUUCUGACCUGCUACGUGACGGUCUUGUUCUUGGCUACAUGAUGGCGUGUUUGGACCCCCCCGCUGUUGCUCAGAUGGUGAAAGUACAAACGUGGCAAGUAUCUGACAAACCUAUUUUUGAGACAAAUCGUCGCCGGGACCGAAUUGGUCUGUUCCUCCGAUUUGCUGGUACCUUUGGUGUGGAGUCUACCUUCCAGUUCCAAACAGAUCAAUUAUAUGAGAACACAAAUCUCACCCAGGUUGUGAUCUGUCUAAGCCAGAUUGGAGUGGAGGCCCAGGCGAAACCGGAGUGUAAUGUGCCUCAAGGCUACUGGAUGCAAAAACACCGUGAAAAUCGUCGGGAUUUUUCCGAGGAGCAACUGAAAUCCGGCGAACGGAUUAUCGGUCUCCAGAUGGGUAGUACAGCCGGGGCAAACGCCUCAGGUAUCACGUUCGGUGGGCGACGACACAUCACGGACACAUUCUGA